UUUGUUAUACUAUUUUUCUGGGGUGAAUUACAAAUACAGAUCCAUGAAAUUGGAUGGUUGACUUGUACGACCUUCACAGAACUGUGUGUUGCAACCAAACACUUUAGCAAGGACAAUGCCUUUGGUGUGGGAAGUACGGGGACAAUGUACAAGGCAACACUUCCCAACGGUUGGUUCUUCGCAGUUAAGAGACUCUAUGAUUCUGAGUAUCUUAUAAGAAGUUUCGAGUUAGAAAUAAUGAUGGGGAGGUACAGUCACAGAAACAUAGUGUCCCCGAUCAGUUUCUGCAUAGAGAAAGAAAGAAAUGAAAGAAUUUUGGUGUAUCAUUACAUGCCAAAUGGAAGUCUUUCUGAUUGGUUGAAUCAUACGACAACAUUAGGGUGGCAUGUGGUUAUUAGGAUUGCAUUGGGGGUUGCAAGAGGUUUAUCUUGCCUUCAUCAUAGCUUACAUAUGGUUCAUCUAAGUAUUGCCCCCGAGAGUAUUUUGUUAGGAAACAAUUUUGAGCCAAGAAUAUCUAAUUUUGGAAGUGCCAUGUUCAUGAACUAUGAUCUAGGCCAAAACGUUGGAUUUGAGAAGAAGGAUGUGUACGACUUUGGAACUUUGCUUUUUGAGGUUAUUAGAGGGAAAUCAUUUGGCCAGACACGUAAAUGUUUGGGCAAUACUAAUGAUGGCCCUUUUGCGACUUACACUUAUGCUACUAAUCUGUUCGAGGACCCUUUUGGCUUCUAUGAUGUUAUGGAUAAAUCUCUAAAGGAGAUAGAGUUUGAAGAUGAGGUUUCUGCUUUACUCAAAGUUGCAUGUGACUGUGUUCAUCCUUCUCCUUGUAAAAGGCCCACGAUGCUUGAAGUAUACAGCAAGAUGAGCAACAUAUGGGAGAGAGAUGGCAUUUUUGAAGAUUCUUUGAUGCCCUAGUGUUUUGAUUAUCUUUUUUAUUAAAAUGUGGGGGACCAAACCAAAUCCACUAAAGAAAUACAACAAUUCAAGGAAGUAAAAAUUAAAAGAAUGAAAUAAAAGUUGAAGGAAUUAAAAUGGAGACAGAGGUUACUAAGAGUAUAAUUGAAACAACCAAGUCAAAGCUUUUAAAGAUCCAGAAUAAAAGCUUCAUGAAAAUUUGGUGGACUUGACGGCUCUAGACUGAAUUCUAGAUACCAAAUCAGCUGCUAAUUGUUUCUUCUUCUUUUUUUUCUUUUUUUCUGACUUUUGGAAGCUACUUGUUGCAAAGGUUGAUCCUCCUUAAGAGCAGUUCAAUCAAAUCAACUGGGUUGCAAGAAGAUUGAAUGAGCUAGUGUUUUGAUUAUGUAUUCCACAAACAUAUUUAGAUGAAAUGAUUUAAAACAAUAAUUCAAUGACACCAACUUGGAACUCAAUUGGCAGUCACAAUAUCUUUUCUCUAACUUGACCUUGCUUUUUUUUGAAGCUUGGUCUCUAUCUUGUUAGAUGUAUUGUUAUGUAAAUCAGUUAUGGAAAUAGAACAUGUGCCCAACAUUAUUUUGUA